CAUUGCUCUACAACUCAGAGCAGCAACUGCUGAGACCACCUUGAGAAGAGGAUGGCCCUAAACAGAGCCCUGAUUUGGGGGGCCCUCGCCCUGACCACCGUGCUGAGUCUCUGUGGAGCUGAAGACAUUGUGGCUGACCACGUUGGGGCCUAUGGCAUAAAUGUCUACCACUACUACGGUUCCUCAGGCCAGUACACCCAUGAAUUUGAUGGAGAUGAGGAGUUCUACGUGGACCUGGACAAGAAGGAGACUGUCUGGCAGCUGCCUAUGUUUAGUGAAUUUAGAAAUUUUGACCCUCAGGUUGCACUGAGAAACAUGGCUAUUGCAAACUACACCCUGGGCAUCCUGAUUAAAAGCUCCAACGCUACCGCUGCUCCCAACAAAACAAACUGCCCCAUAUGUCACUCCACGGUGAUGAGGUUGGAGGCUGGGGUGCUGCACAUGGUGGGUGUAGACACCUUCACCCUGGGCAGUCAUUACAGGAUCAUCAAGAUCUGGAAGAUCCAGUCUAUGUUCCUACUAAAGGGAAUGAACGUAAAGCUGUCUACAUCCAUGCACAUGAUGUUUUUGAGAGUGGAGCGGGGGUGA